AUGAUCACUACUACUGCACUACUAAGCUUAGAUGGUAUAACUAGUAAAAAAAUCGUAAAUGCAUCUCAAACCAUACCAGCUGAAGUACCAGCAUUCUCUCAACCAAAUAAGAAUAUACUGAUUAUUCUAUAUGAUUCACAUGCUUUCUAUAUCAAUGUGACUUUGAAAGAAUAUCUCUAUCUAUUCUUGUUUAAUAAUAACAGACAUAAUGAUGGAUAUGAAUUUAAAAAUUUCAGCCUAUGUCCUGAAUAUAAAAAAAAGCACAAUAAAGAAAAGUGUCUUGAAUAUGGAAGUAGUUCCUUCUCCAUUACCAUUGAAAACAAUAAUUCUAUUUUUGAUUUAAAGAAAACUAUCUUCAAGGAAAUUAGUGUACCUGACAAUAAUGUUAAUGUUGAGGAAAGUCAGUUGGAGAGUAACACCCCUGAUGGUUUAAUGACUGUUGAAAAUGAAAUAAAAAUCACAAUGCAAAAAGUUGACAACACAUUUUAUAGAGUUCAAGAUAAUAAUAUUUGA